AUGUGCCCCUCAGACAAGGCUUCCAUUCUUGAUUUAAGGCUGCCGUCAGCGCCCCUGGAGGAGGUCAGCACCAACCGAGGAGUCGGCGAGGCUGGCCAAUUUCACUCUGGGUACUCUCUACAACGACUCGGGGGUAAUUGGGGAUCUCUCGUGGGCCGAGGUUACAACGAUACCCUCCACGACUACCCCACUGCUCUCAACCUCACCUCAGCCAACGACACCGCACCACACCACCCCAGGAUUAUUUACUGCACUGAAUGGCCUGGGGCAAGCCUCACUCUCUUCCAGGUGGCCAAUUUCUUCUGCUUGCUGGCGUUCCUGGUGCCGCACAACUUCCGCAUGUCUGCGCUGGUGAUGCGGGCGGUGCUGUGCGUGGGUGUGCUGCUCUUCACAUUGUGGGCGGGAUUGGAUAUCUGUGCCGUGGACAUCCUAGCCUGGAACCUCAGCUUCCUGCUGGUGAACACGGGCCAUGUUCUCUACCUCACCUACACCGUGUGGCCACCUCGAGUCCAGAAGGACCUGGUUGACCUCUACGAUAAGGUCUUCAGACCUCUAAAGGUUAGUGAACCGGCAAAUUUCCGUCACUUGGUACGGGAGGCGUCGUUGGUAUGGCUGGAACCUGGAGAGACGUACGCUAUCGAAGACGUAACUGCUGACGAGCGCUUCUCCAUCCCCCUGAGUGGGCGUGUUUGCGGGACCUGCGACUCCACACACCUGCACUACAUCCGCCCAACCAGUUCUUUCGACUCACCAGAGUGGGAGGCUUGUGCUGAUGACUCCGACGAGCUCUUCCGGGUGACGAUCGUGGCUGAGGAGAGAAGCAAGUACCUGAGCUGGUCAAGACCUCGUCUGAGACACCUGCUUCACCUCAGACCCUUCCUCAGAGCCAUUAUACACAACCUUGUAGGCAAGGACAUCACCACCAAGCUGUACUCCCUGAACGAACAACUGGGUGUGGGUACCAUCGGUGGGGAGGGCGUGCGUGGCGUGGGCGCCCAGGUGUGGAGAGGCGUGGUUUUUUUUUUCAACGCUCAUGAGCGGGACAACGUACACACAGGCACCAAAGGCUUCGUUAGGUCCCUGGCCUGGCGCACCUCUAACAGAAGAACCUCCACGACUUACUGCGAGAGUGUCAGGUCUUCACCUGGUCGGUGUCCCGGGGGCCCUCACUCUUCAGACCCAGCAUUGAAGAAUGGCGCCUCGGUGCCGUGGAAGGCACCAGGGGGUGGACAAGCCUCCACCAGCCAUCGCUACGGAGGCUUCCCGUCACCCCAAGGGCCGGAGUCUCCUGAAACAGCAGCGGCAGCAGACAGCAGCAGUGUAACGCCGCUGGUGACCGGCCUCUCAGGUAGCAGCGGCAAGCGCAUCUCUCGGGAGAACGUGAAGGCAACCAGGGGUGGACAACCUCCACCAGCCAUCGCUAACGGAGGCUACCUACCACCCCCAAGGGCCGGAGUCCUCCUGAACAGCAGCGGCAGCAGACAGCAGCAGUGUAACGCCGCAGGUGUGUCACGAGUGUGUCACAGGUAUGCCACAGUGUCAGCUGGUGUAUCACGAGUGUCAGCAGGUAUGUCACGUUGUCAGCAGGUAGUCAACGUGUGUCAAUCGAGCAGGAUAUGUCACGAGUGUGUCAACAUACAGGAUAUUUCACGUGGAGUGUCAGCAGGCAAUGUCACGUGUCAGCAGUAUUCACGUGUCCAGCAGGUAUGUCACGAGUGUGUUCAGCAAGGUAAUGUCACGUGUCCACAGGUGUUCACGGGUGUAGUCAGCAGGUAUGUCCACAGUGUGUCAGCAUGUAUGUCAACGAGUGUGAUCAGCCAAGGUAUGUCACGGUCAGCAGGUAUGUCACGUGUGUUUUCAGCAGGGUCUUCACCUGGUCGGUGUCCCGGGGGCCCUCACUCUUCAGACCCAGCAUUGAAGAAUGGCGCCUCGGUGCCGUGGAAGGCACCAGGGGGUGGACAAGCCUCCACCAGCCAUCGCUACGGAGGCUUCCCGUCACCCCAAGGGCCGGAGUCUCCUGAAACAGCAGCGGCAGCAGACAGCAGCAGUGUGACGCCGCUGGUGACCGGCCUCUCAGGUAGCAGCGGCAAGCGCAUCUCUCGGGAGAACGUGGUGAGGUGCGUCCUGCCCCCUAGGGCCCUUGUGAUGCCCUCCAGGGCCACUGUGGUGCGCCCUAGGGCCACUGUGGUGCCCCUAGGGGCUAAUAUCCCCACUGGGGACAAUACCAGUCUCCCCAGCCACUCCAUGGACCACACUCACCUAAUGGAGACGCCAGUGUGA